AGCGUGGCCGCCGGCCGGCUAUAUUAGGCCGAACUCACGGCACGGAACCAAAGAGCACAAGAAAACACCAACGGAAAAGCCAAUCAGGAUGCAGAUUUUUGUGAAGACGCCGACGGGGAAGACGGUGAUCCUCGAGGUCGAGAGCACGGACACCAUCGGCAACGUGAAGGCCAAGAUCGAUGGUGAGGAAGGUGUGUCGCCGGAGCAGCAGCGGCUCAUCUUCGGCGGGAAGCCGCUGGAGGACGACCGCAGCCUGGCCGAGUACGACGUCCACAAGGACUCCACUCUCCACCUGCUGCUUCAUCUGCCCGGCGGAAAGGCAAUCGGGAUGCAGAUCUUCGUGAAGACGCCGACAGGGAAGACAGUGACCCUGGAGGUCGAGAGCACCGACACCAUCGGCAACGUCAAGGCCAAGAUUGACGGCGAGGAAGGCUUGUCGCCGGAGCAGCAGCGGCUCAUCUUCGGCGGGAAGCCGCUGGAGGACGACUGCAGCCUGGCCGAGUACGACGUCAACGAGGACUCCACUCUUCACCUGCUGCUUCAUCUGCCCGGGGAUUUCCAGGUUCACGCAAAGGUUCUUUACCCGACGGGGAAGACGGUGACCCUGGAGGUCGAGAGCACCGACACCAUCGGCAGCGUCAAGGCCAAGAUCGACGGCGAGGAAGGCUUGUCGCCGGAGCAGCAGCGGCUCAUCUUCGGUGGGAAGCCGCUGGAGGACGACCGCAGCCUGGCCGAGUACGACGUCCACAAGGACUCCACUCUGCACCUGCUGCUUCACCUGCCCGGGGGGUUUCGCGGCGGCAGGGUUUGGUGCAUCGAAGACAGCCUCAGAGACCUCGCAGAAGACUACAACGUAAACAAGAAGAUCUGCCGCAAGUGCUAUGCUCGGCUACCUCUUAGAGCUACAAACUGUCGCAAGAAAAAGUGUGGCCACAGCAACCAGCUGAGGCUAAAGAAGCCCUGGAGGAACUUCUACUGA